AUGGGUGGACCUAUAAUCGCCUCGUCAUCUCCAGAAUGCGGAUUCGUCUACAGCCUCGCAGGAGACCUCAAAAUAAGCGACCCCCAGGUAAGCUGAAUAUCGCCUUAUUGUCUUUGCCUGCUCACUAUCCCCAUAUCAGCAAUGAACUAGCUCAACGGCUAACCAGCCUUCCCGUCGCCGCCGCCGCCACUGACGAGAACGCCUGCGUGGAGAAACGAUGGUGCCAACUGCGGGACACAGUCCAGUCGACGGAUCUUGCCGUCCUCGGUCGCGCAGGCCGCCAACACUAGGACUGGUUCGACGACAACGACGCCGCCAUCGGCAACCUGCUCGCCGAGAAGAACCGCCUGUACAAAGCCUACGUCGACCGCCCCACCGACGACAACAGAGCUGCUUGCUACCGUAGUCGCCGCCUUGUGCGACAGCGGCUCCGCGAGAUGCAGGACACCUGGAUGACCCGCAAGGCCGAGGAGAUUCAGGGGUACGCGGACGGAAGCAUCCUUCUCAUCAUGAAGAUACAAAUCCUACAGUGUUGGGCCAAGUACUUCAGAGGCGUCCUCAACCACCCCUCCACCAUCUUCGACGCUGCCAUCGCCCGUCUGCCUCAAGUGGAGACUAACUUCGACCUUGACCUCCUGCCCUCUCUCCAUGAUACCGUCAAGGCCGUGCAGCAGCUCUCCAGCGGGAAAGCGCCCGGAUCAGACACAACCCCUGCUGAGACCUACAAGCACGGUGGCCCCCAAAUCAUCGAUCAUCUAACUGCGCUUUUCGAGGAGAUGUGGCGUCAAGGUGAAGUCCUGCAGAAUUUCAAAGACGCCACAAUCGUACACCUCUAA